AACUAUGUAAGUAAAUUAAUUGGGCGGCAGAAUCCCAUAAACCCCCCCACUUCCAUACAAUAUAACUAUGUAAAUUAGGAAUCAAAAAAUAAUGUUCAAUCGAAGAUACCAUCAAAUAGGUCCCAACGCCCCAAGCCGGCUACUAAGCACUUGUCCUUGCCCUAAAUUGGCGUACUUUUCUAUGAGAACUACCCACCAAUCCGACAUAUACAAAAUCCAAACAUCAAUCCUCUAUAAAUCCUACAUUACACAAGAUGAACAAACUACAAACAAACUAGCACAUUAGCCUUAAGCAGACCAACUUCUUGAAGAUGUCCCUCCAAAAAUUGUGGACGGCCACCGUGGAUGGAGUGGCCGGACUUCCUCCGCCCCAAAACCCUAAACCCGGCUACGAUCAUCAAACCGGAAUAUACCAUUCAACCCAUCAAUUUGGUGACAACCACAAAAUUCCUACUAGACCAGACCUUGACAUAGCCACAUUUGUUCUAUCCCAGUUCCCUCAGCCAGAGCAGGCCGUGUCACGAGUUGCAAUCGUUGACUCGGCUACUAACCGGCGAGUCACUUAUGGUGAACUGAAUCAAUCAAUUCGUGCCCUCGCAUCCGGCUUGUACCAUGCACUUGGGGUUCGAAAAGGAGAUGUGGUGUUUGUUCUAUCUCCAAACACGGUCUUGUACCCAACUAUCUGUCUUGCUGUGUUCUCUAUUGGAGCAAUACUGAGUCCAGCCAACCCACUAAACACUGAGUCAGAGAUAGCAAAACAAAUGACUGACUCGGGUGCUAAAUUAGCUAUUGUAGCACCAGAGGAGCUUCACAAGCUGUCAAAAACGGGCGUGAAUACGAUAAUACAAACGUCUCAUACACCAAAUGAUGAUUUACCAUCAAUUGAAGAACUAAUAGAGUGUUGUGACUCGGGCGAGCUUCCAGAAACCCAGUUGACUCAGUCUGAUACUGCUGCUGUACUAUACUCUUCAGGCACAACUGGUACAAGCAAAGGAGUGAUAUUAACACAUGCUAACUUGAUAUCAAUCGUGACACUACUGAAGUGGUCUGUGGACAAGACAUCGUCACAAAAUGACGUCUUUUUGUGCUUCAUUCCAAUCUUUCAUGUCUAUGGAUUGGCAUUUUUUGGGCUAGGACUGUUCAGUUCUGGGAUUACUACAAUUCUGAUGAAAAAAUUUGACUUAGAAGGAAUGUUAGAUGCAAUAGAGGCUCAUCAAGUAAACAACAUACCUGCUGUGCCUCCAGUGAUACUUGGACUGGUGAAGUCUGCAAGUAAGGUUAAGCGUGACUUGUCGUCGCUGAGGAGGGUUGGGAGUGGGGCUGCACCAUUGAGUAAGGAAUUGGCUGAUAGCUUCAAGGAGAGGUUUCCAUGGGUGCAGCUCAGGCAAGGGUAUGGACUAACCGAAAGCUCCGGGGCAGCGACAUUUUUCGUGUCCGGUGAAGAGGCAAGGGCGCAUCCUGGUUCGUGUGGGAAGUUGAUGCCAAGUUUUUGUGCUAAAGUGGUGGAUGUUGAAACAGGAUUGGCACUGCCACCAUGUAGGGAAGGAGAGUUGUGGAUAAAGAGUCCUACUAUAAUGAAAGGGUAUUUGGGGAAUAAAGAAGCAACAAUGGCAACUCUUGAUUCUGAUGGGUGGUUAAAGACUGGAGACCUUUGUUGUUUUGAUGAAGAUGGGUUUCUGUAUAUUGUUGACAGGAUAAAGGAGCUCAUCAAGCAUAAUGGAUAUCAGGUGGCUCCAGCAGAAUUGGAAGCAGUACUUCUGAAUCAUCCCCAAGUUCUCGACGCAGCAGUUAUACCGGUUGAAGAUGAAGAAGCAGGACAAAUACCAAUGGCAUAUAUUGUGAGAGCUGCUGAUUCUGAACUGAAUGAAGACCAAGUUAUUCAAUAUGUUGCCUCCCAGGUAAGGAAAUUCACUUGCCUUGUUUGCUUUGUACAUUGCAUUCUUCCUAUAUCUGCAUAUAAACUUGAGAAAAAGUUAAUAUGCACACCAAAACUUUCAGGUGGCUCCAUACAAAAAAGUGAGAAAGGUGGGUUUCAUCAGCACCAUUCCAAGGUCAGCUGCAGGCAAAAUUUUGAGGAAAGAGCUGGUUUUGCUAAGCCAACCAAAAUGCCUCUCCAAGUUGUAACAAUUGUAUUCAUUCUGCUCUACUUUGGCUCAGCAAAAGCAAUAUAUAAACAAGCAAUGAAUCAAUCCCUACAUUUCCCAAAACUACAAACAUAAAUGGCACAGAGUUGCUUGCAGAAAUGGCAUAUUUCCAGGACUACAUCAGAAAUCAGAUAGAGAAAACCUUAUUUUGUCUUCUACUUUGUUAGGCAGUGAAGAAACUAUGGCAAGUUUUCUCCUUCACUUGGUUUUCUUUAACUAAUAUUCACGAGUAUGAAAAGUUUGGAGAUUCUACCGUUUCUUGUAGCUAAUUCAAUUUAAGAAGGAUUUUGGCAAGUAUCAAGAAUGCUUACCUCUGCUUUCAAUGUCAAACUACUAAUACAAUAGUAAGCAAUUUCUUAAG